AAAGUAGGGACUGGACCCCCAAGCUUGUUGGUGUCUCCUGCUCCGUGCUGUAGAAGGAUGGACUCGUAUCUGAUCCAAGUGAAUGGCCAUGGAGAUCAUGCCCCUAUGCUGGAUGUUCAUCUCAAGACCAAUGGGAACAGCAUAUCACUGGGGAAGGUGAAGGGCCGGAAGCCAAGAUGGGCUGUCAGGGCUUCUGAAAUGUCAAAGAAGACUUUCAAUCCUGUCCGAGCCAUCGUAGACAGCAUGAAGGUGGAGCCCAACCCAAAGAAAGCUAUGAUCUCCUUGUCCUUAGGAGACCCGACGGUCUUUGGAAACCUUCCCACAAAUGAUGAGGUCACACGGGCUGUGAAGGAGGUUUUGGACUCAGGAUGUUACAACGGUUAUGCUCCGUCUGUUGGCUACCAGUCCUGCCGGGAAGCAGUGGCCGCAUACUACAACUGCCCAGAGGCACCACUGGAAGCCCAGGACGUCAUCUUAACAAGUGGCUGCAGCCAGGCCAUAGAGCUUGCCUUGGCAGUGCUGGCCAACCCAGGCCAGAACAUCCUGGUGCCACGGCCCGGCUUCUCCCUCUACAAGACUCUGGCAUUGUCUAUGGGGAUUGAGGUCAAACUCUACAACCUCUUGCCAGAGAAGGCCUGGGAAAUUGAUCUGAAGCACUUGGAGUCUCUGGUGGAUGAGAAGACAGCUUGCCUCAUUGUGAACAACCCGUCGAACCCCUGUGGCUCUGUGUUCAGCAAGAGCCACCUCCAGAAGAUCCUGGCAGUGGCAUCAAGACAGUGCAUACCCAUCCUUGCUGACGAGAUCUAUGGAGACAUGGUGUUUGCUGACUGCAAAUAUGAACCCAUUGCAACUCUCAGCACCAGCGUACCAAUCUUGUCCUGUGGUGGCUUGGCAAAGCGGUGGCUAGUCCCUGGCUGGCGGAUGGGCUGGAUCCUAAUUCAUGACAGGAGAGACAUCUUUGGUAAUGAGAUCAGGGAUGGCCUUCUAAGACUGAGUCAAAGGAUCCUAGGACCCUGUACAAUUGUCCAAGGAGCACUGGAACGUAUCUUGCACCAAACACCCCCUGAGUUCUACCACAACACCCUCAGCAUCCUCAAGUCCAAUGCUGACCUUUGUUAUGCUGCCUUAUCAGCUAUCCCUGGCCUCCAGCCUGUGCGGCCUGCUGGAGCCAUGUACCUCAUGGUUGAGAUUGAGAUGGAGCAUUUCCCUGAGUUUGAAAAUGAUGUGGAGUUCACUGAGCGACUCAUCUCGGAGCAGUCUGUGUUCUGCUUGCCAGCCACGUGCUUUGAGUACCCAAACUUCUUCCGUGUGGUGAUCACUGUGCCUGAGGAGAUGAUCUUGGAGGCCUGCAGUCGCAUUCAGGAGUUCUGUGAGAUGCACUACCAGGGUGCUGAGGGUGCCCAGGAUCUGGAGUGUGACAAGUAG